CCUACUCGGCGUGAGACGAACGAAGGAGGCAGCUUUCGAUUAUCUUAGCAUGUUAGCAGCCAACUUUCAAACAGUCUUUCGCACAAUUAUUGAAUUAUCUUCCCGAAGAAGUGUGCGAUUUGUUCUCUCUCCUGGUCGUAGUUGAGCGUGCACUUUGGCAGCCUUUCGUAGACGAAGAGAUGUUGCCCUUGAAGGAGAAGGACAAGGUCAUCAUCCAGAAGCUGUUGGCGUCCGGCUGCUGCGCUCGCUGCGUGCUCAGGUUCUGUUGCAUCGGAGUCCCGGAUGCCUACAGGCAGACCCGCCAGGAAACCCUCCGGCAGCUUCAAGCGUUCAUCAGCACUCCAGAGGACCGCAAAUCUUCCGAAUCCACAGUGGAGGAGGGAAACAACAAUUCCCAGAAUGCGACAGUGUCAGAACCAGAGAGUAAGAGAAGCAAACUGGAACCCGAGGAGCCGGCGCCGGAUUCGAGUGUGUGCAUGGUGUGCUUGGGCGUCCUGCAGCAUCUCAGUGAUGUCAGCCAAGCUGUACAGAUCGCAGACACCGUAAAGAAGCAACAGUACGAGGUGGACACUUUGGUGCUGUCCAUCUCGCUCCCUGCUCAGAUGUGUGUGCGCGAGCACUCGUGUUGGCUUCACGUGAAGGAGCAAGUGAGGGCCAAGUGUGGCGUGCUGGGCCGCGAUGACGUCAUCCAGGUGAAGGAGGCCCUCAGGUGGAUCAUGCAGGGCCUGCUGGCCCACGAGCUGGCCGGCGUUGCCGUGGUAGCCAAGAGUGCGCUAGAGGUCAGCGUGGGCUUCACUCACCCGGAAACGGAUGCCGACUGCCACUUCCUUGCAUCGGCUUGCCCCGACUGCUUCAAACCCACCAAGAACAAACAGUCAGUGUUUACCCGGAUGGCGGUGGUGAAAGCUCUGGAGAAGAUCCCCGACAGCAAAUUUAUGAAGCACUCGCCGUGUCCGCCGUCCCGUCCAGGCACCAGCUGCACGCCGCAGGAUGUCCAGUGUGUUCACAUGUCCGUCUUUGUGGCGGGGCGCUACAACAAGUUCUGCCGCAGCCUGCCGCAGACACCCUGGCUCAUCGAUGGCGAGCGGCGGAUGGAGUCGUCGGUAGAGGAGCUCAUCGCCACGCCCGUUCUUGCUGCCUUCAGAGCACACGGAUUUAAUUUCUCGUCGUCCGGCCGCGAAGACGUGGACGUUCGCACCCUGGGAAAUGGUCGACCAUUUGCGUUGGAACUGCUGAACCCCCACAAGAGCAAGCUGAGCGAGGAGAACAUGAAGAGCGUCCAGCAGAGCAUCAACGCAUCUUCAGACAAGAUCCGAGUCCGAGAUCUGCAGAUGGUCAGCAGGGACGCCAUGAGUCGUAUGAAGGAGGGCGAGGAGGAGAAGACCAAGUCAUACCAAGCGUUGGUGUGGACACACAAGUCCAUCCACAAAGACGACAUCGCCUUCAUCAACCACAUCAAGGACCUGAGGGUGGACCAGAAGACUCCGCUGAGGGUUCUGCACCGUCGCACUUUGGCGGUGCGCCAGCGCCUUAUCCACAGCAUGAGCGCAAACUUACUGGAUCAACACCACUUCCAGCUCAGCCUCAAGACGCAGGCCGGAACCUACAUCAAAGAAUUUGUUCAUGGAGACUUCGGGCGUACUAAACCAAACUUGUGUCAGCUGCUAGACACGCACACAGACAUACUGGAACUAGACGUACAGUCCGUAGACGUGGACUGGCCUCCCGCCCUGUCAGACUGAACUCCGCUCACACCGGCACAGUCCACACAAGUCCGGUCCGAAUAGGUCUAGUCCACACCAACAGAAUCCAAAUGGAUCUAGUCCACAGCAACAGAGUCCAAACAGAACAGAUCCAGUCCAAAUCGGUUGUUCUGACUCAUGAUAGUGCUAGAAGGUUUGUUUAUUUUGCAGGGAUUGAGUUUUUUUUUUUUUUUGUCAAAACUUUUGGUGUGGAUUAAAGAUUUAAAAAAAUAAACUAAGAAACAUUUGUGCUUCACGCCA